GUUCAAUCUGUAGGAAAAAAAUUGUUUUGGUCCUCCUCCCAGCUAACGUUAGCCAGGAGCUCGGUUUCCACGGCCCACAUUAUCACUGAAAAUUGAAGAAAAUGAAGAAGUUUUUCGAUAACAUCAAAAAGGACAUUCAAUUUAAAUCCGCGGGACCCGGAAAGAAGCUAACUGAGGAAAGCAGUACGAAGUGUGAGGGGGCACCAAGCAGCACCAGUGCCAAGCAAUCCCGCCAUGCUCCCACUGAAGGAGCCCAAAGGGCCGGAGCCGCAGCUCUAGCCAGGAUUGAGCAGCACCCCCGGCCGAAGGUCCACACCUCUCAGGACCACAUCAGGAACCAGGUUAAAAGAGAACUGGAGGCCGAGUCGGCUACAUUGGCUGGAAAAGAAAAGGCGGCAACAGCAGAGGAAUCCAAAGUGCCAAUGAAAGAUCCAAACUGUCUCUCAGUGUCUGGUGUUUAUUUCACCUGUCCGCUAACUGGAGCCACUUUAACUAAGAGUGAGAGAGAAGUACACCUUAAGGAGGCCAUUCUAAUGCGGUUUGAGGAGGAUGCAGUAGAGGCCUCUGUUAUGAUGAUCUACACAUUUAACAAAGACAAAGAUAAAGUGAAGGCUGCUGUGGACAUCAUAAGCAAGUAUGUCGAUAACAUAUGCAAGUGUCCCGAGGAGGAAAAAUACAGAAAGAUUAAACUCAGCAACAAGGUGUUCCAGGAGAAAGUGCGAUCUGUUGAGGGCAGUAGAGAGUUCCUGCAGGCCCUGGGCUUCAUAAGCAUCAUGUUUCCUGUAGAGGGUCAAGAGGAGGAAGAGGAGUUCCUGGUGUUGCCAGAGCACAGUCCUGAUGCCCUGGAGCUGAUGAAGGAGAGGAGGGAUCGUCUUCAGAGAGGAGAGCCAGUCAGAGCUCAGCUGGACAGACAGCCUCAAGCUUUCAGACCCUCGCCCAACGCUCAGCGCUUUGAGCUGCCGCCAGAGUUCUACAACCUGACAGCAGAGGAGCUCAAGAAGGAGCAGCAGCAGAGGAGUGAUUUGGUGGAUAAGAACGCCAUGCUGCGCACAAAAGCAAUGAGGGAGAAAGAGGAGCAGAGGGAGAGAAGGAAGUACAACUACACACUGCUCAGGAUCCGACUGCCCGAUGGAAACCUCUUACAAGGUACCUUCUAUGCCUGGGACCGGGUGUCUGUGUUGUUUGAGUUUGUACGGGAUUCUCUGGUGGACGGCUGGCAGCCCUUUGAGCUCAUCGCUCCAGGAGGCCAAAAACUACAAGAGGCAGAGGAAGUGGCUCUCGCCGAGCAUAACCUGGUCCCUGCAGCUCUACUCACCUUUGCCUGGGACCCAGCUGUGCAGGCAGAUAUCGCAGCUGCGGGGGGGAAGAGCCCCACCCUUCUCAAACCAGAGCUGCUGGAAACCAUUAACACCUUGAACUGAGCAGACAUCUUCUGUCCCUGAACUCUUCCUGUCCCUCCCUGGCACCACAGCGGUCAAAUUGCUCCUUGCACACAGCUAGUGAUGAGUGUACUUUUACAAAAUGCUAACUUAAAGGGGCGACUUCACCCUAAUGCACUUCUUUCACUGAGCAGACCAGAAGGAGACAAAAGCACCUUGCAGUCUGUCUCGGCAAAGCAUUCUGCUGAAAAAGCACUACUAAACAGAUAGAAGGAGGUGUGUGUGUGUGUCGUGUCCUGAAUGAAUAUGUGUAGUAAACAGACUGUGGCAGAAAUCCUCUGCACUUUACCUUUCAGACGAAACAGACUUCACAUGGCAUGUUGAGAAACUGCUCACCACUUCCUGUUUUAUUUAUUCUUCUAGUAAACAGUAAAAAAAUCAAAUAAAUAGUGCACACUCAUGACUGCACAGUCAGAUGUAGAAAACCAUACAUGAAGUGAAGUGAAGUAAAGCUGGUCACAUACGACCGUUAUAUCUCAGCUCUUUUGCACUCGACGGUGUCGAUGCACAGGCUUUAUUCAGGACUUUAAAAUGCUUUUGUUUAGCAGUGUUGAAGGUUAACUCAGUGUUUCGUGUCGGCUGAUGCUCGACUGGUCUGGCGUGAUAAGAUACGAGUCUGGUUUCGUUACUGUAAACAAACUUGAGCUUCUGUCGCAUGUCGGUCCUGUGCUGUGCAAUGGCCCUCCACUCCUCUUACUGUCAUACAUCAGGCUUCUGUGAUUGCUUUGUUAAAAGUCCAAAUGUUAUUUUUUUUUAAUGGAGAUCUUUUAUUAAUUUAAUGUGCUUUAAAGCACAGAGUGUAAGUACAUUAUGUUAAAUGGCAACUGCACAACAAGCGAUUAAUAGUAGAGGACACUCCGUUUAUUUAGCUUUAUGAGGGCAGUUUUUAAGUAUUGCUAUUGGUGGCCUGUUUGUAUCAAACGUUUCCUCUAAAUUAAAGGUUUAACAUUUCAAACACAGUGGAAGUCGUAACACGACAGUGUUAGGGUUUCCACAAUACUUCUCCCUUUUCCCACUCGUGUCAUUGCAGAUUUUGUGAUGGUUACAGCUUUGCUUCAUGAGAAUAUUUAGCAUUUAUUUUGAAUGACAACGACCUACCUCUCACCACAUCCAAGUGAUUUCCUUCAUCUUUAUCUUCUGUUAUGUCAGGACUUGCACGCCAACAACUUCAUCUGAUGCGUGAUUCAUGUAGAAUUAAAAAAGAAGGGUCCCAGUGUUUAUUUGUAAGGCUGAGUCUGCCAUAAGCAACAUGUCUGCGCUGUUCACAGGUGGUCAAUGGAAGAGUGUCAAUGUGUGUUUAUAACCGUAUUAAAAUAGCUUGUAAGCAGUUGUGUUCUGUUGCUUUUUUUCAAAUCAAAUCUGCCUGUAAUAAAGAUCGCUUGCACUGCA